AAGCGUAAAGAUCUGUCGGCUCUCUUAUAGCUCUCGCGGUACUUUGAUGUCAUACACUGAUCGUUCUGCGCAGCGCCGCUUCAAGUCAAACACACCUCAUGUGACCGAAAGUGCAGGAUCUGCAGACUCGAACCGACCAGUGACUGGAAAUUAAGGAUACCAAUAACCAAACUAAACAUGCACUUUGUGAUCCGGCGGUAUCAGCCGUCUGACCGGGAGGCUGUGGAAAUGGUUUUCCGGGAAGGAAUAAUGGAGCACAUCAAUCCUGCGUUCAUGCACGCCAUGACCCGACCGCUGCACAUCACUGUAAGCCUGUUCUUUUACAUCGGCGCGUAUGUGAUGAGUGGACAGUCUGUCGUUCUGGCCCUGGUGUCUGGAGGAGCCUGGAUCGGCUUGGUGUACUUCUGCUGCUAUGAGUUCUACGCCGGCUACGUCCGGGCGAGACUGAACACGGACAUGCUGGACAUCCCGGGUUACUACCUCAGCAAUCCAGAUAACUGCUUCUGGGUAGCCGAGGCUGAGAUACACGGCCGGCCUCAGGUUUUGGGGAUGGUGGCUGUGGAAGGUAAAAGUGACCCGGGAAGUGGUGGGAAAAAGUAUGGAGAGCUCUACCGGAUGAUUGUUUCAUCCACCUGUCGCCGCUGUGGUCUCGGUGUACGGUUGGCCAAAACUGCAGAAGACUUCUGUAGGGAACGCUGCUUCUCAAAGUUCAAACUGUCCACCACGUCUACACAGAAAGCGGCCGUGGCGUUGUACUUUAGGCUGGGUUUUAAACUCGUCCUGGUUCAUACUCAGACCGAGUCUCCCAAGUGGAUGAUCUGGAUGACUAGAUCCAAAAUUCUGACCAUGGAGAAGAACAUUGAAUGAUCAUUAGCUUCUCAUCUACAGGCUUAAAUCCUAGAAGUUUUAUAGAUUGAUUGAUGUACUGUUCUUUCAUAAUCAUAUCUGCAUGGUUAUACUGCACUUUUUAUAUACUUAUAGUCUAUAGACUAUAUUUUAUAGCACUGUUUUAUAAUACACAAAUGUGAUUAAAGAUUUUUCACUUUUG